AUGACGGAGGCGAAAAAAGAGCUUUCGGAAUCUCCACUAGCUCCACCUGUUAAUAGUUUUGAAACCAAUGAAGAUGAAUAUGAAAGCAAAGAAAACGUUCACGACCUUGAACAAUCACCUAGCAUGCAAAGCGACUCUGGGACCAACGAACUGGAACUCUAUUCCUGCCCACCACAUACUCCAAAGUCACCAACUUUGUCCUCGUCAGACUCCAUGAUGGAAAUAACGCCGUUCGGUUCAAAUAGCAAUGAUACUGAUGAUUUUGUCAUAUACUCAGAUUCUGAUGGUGCGUCGCUGCACUCGUUGAGAGCUGAAAGAACAAAUAGUUCUGCCGAGGGAGAAUCUACAAAGUUAAAGAAAGAUAGAAGGACACCUAGACGCUCGAGGUCGAGGUCGAGGUCUUCAGCGAGAGGAGACGACGACACACCCAGUCCGAAGCCUAAAAAGCGUAUUAAGAGAAAGACGAAAUCAGAGGCCGGUAGUGAGAGGUCACAUAAGUCUUCAGCUAAGCAUUCAGACCAUUACAUGGGUAGUGGGUAUACUCUGGCACCUUCGACCGGUAAGAUAUUUCGUAAUUUAUUAAUUUUAGAGGAAAGUUUACGUCUGCAAGUAAUACAACAGAGGGCAUUAAGAAGAAAAUAUUUGACUUUCUUAGCUGUCCUUUGCUCUCUAAUUGCUUCGAUUUCGCAUCACUUAUAUUUCCUUGACGCGCUGCAACCUGCCAAUGGGCCACUCCGAGUAAUACUUCAAUUUGUAUUAUUAGCAUUAUUAGUAACUUUGAUGUUAUACCAUCUAUCGGGUGAAUACAAAAAGACAAUUGUCUUACCAAGAAAGUUCUUAUCAUCUACUAAUAAAGGAUUACGGCAACUUAAUAUCAGAUUAGUUAAGAUAAAAACACCUGUGACAGAUACAAUAAUUGAUUUGAUGAGAGAAAUGGUUGUCUUUACAUCUACUAUGUGUUUAAAUUGCCUACAUAAAGUAUAUCCAUCUACUCGUCAUAAUCGAGAAUCAAGAUUAGAAGUAUUCCUUGUUUCAUGCCAGCUGCAAUGUCAACCUCGAACUGGUUUGACUGACGUUAAGCUCGUUUUGAAUGCUAGAGUCUUCAACACAGAUGUCAGAGAAGGUUGGGAACUUUACAGAAGCGAAUUUUGGAUUAACGAGGGCGUUAGACGAAGGAGUAAUAUGAUGGUAUUCUGUAAAGGCAACUACAGCGGUGAAAAGCUUGAUCGAUCUAAAUUGUUGAAAAAAGAUCGUCAGGAAAGAAAAGAAAGGAGGAAGUCUACAGUGACAAAUUCCCCAAGGCUUAACCAGCAAAAUUUAGAGAAACUAAAUGGUAGUCUUGACAGUAUAAAUCCAACUCAAUCUGGAAUGGAUGGAUUGUGA